UGUUUGUUUAUAUAAACAUUCUUCAGUGAACUGCAUAGAAAAGAGAGGGUGAACUGUCAACCAAUGUGGAGCUAAUAUGAAGUUGUGUGUAUAUUAUGAUUUGUAGUUCUGCUGAAUCUCUCGUAAUUACGAGAUGUGUUCACAGCAAGCCAGGUCGAAAAAAGGAAAAUAUAUCAGAAUAUAAACCGGUGCGUUGUGAUGUCUCCCAGACGCGAAAUGUCGUGCGAGUGGCCUCGCAAUGUAUUCAAGGCUAGGUGCUAAGAGCUACUUCACGAGGAUGACGUUCAAGGCGAACGUGGUGCUCAUCAACCGCUACAAGGCGUUCUUCGGCGUUCUGUUCCUGACGUUCCUGACGGCGACUGUCGUGAUCUGCUUGUUGUCGGCGGGGGCGCGCGGUCGCGCGGGGCGUGUCCCCCAGCGCGUGUCCCUAGAGUGGCCGGACGCGGCGCCCGAGGCGAGGGUGCGCGCCGACGCCCCCACCACGCCCACCCGCGCCAACGCCACCUACUUCGACAGCUUCGACGUGUACCGCUGCGGGCGGGAGGGUGCCGACUCACUGCUGGUGUACGUGUACCCGCUGAGGAAGCACGUGGAUGAGCGGAGCAUCCCGCUGGGCGGCCGCAUGUCACGCGAGUACCACGAGGUGCUGCGGACAGUGGUGGACAGCCACUACUACACGCCUGACCCGGACAAGGCGUGUGUGUUUGUGCCAUCCAUAGACACGCUCAACCAGAACCGCUUCCGCGUGCACGAGACUUCACAGGCGCUGGCAGGGCUCAGCCACUGGAGUGGCGGGGCCAACCACCUGGUGUUCAACAUGGUGCCGGGCGUGGGGCCUGACUUCAGCACCAUGGUGGAGCUGUCUCUGGGACAGGCAAUGGUGGCGGGCGCCGGCUUCUCCUCGCUCACGUACCGGCCGGGCUUCGACGUCUCCCUGCCCGUGUUCAGCCCGCUGGCCUCGCGGCUUCCGCGUAACACCCCUCCCGCGCACAGCAGGCCGUGGCUUCUAGUGUCCGCGCAGCUUGACCUGUACACGGAGCACGCACACGAGCUGCGGGACGCGGCACGGCGCGACCCGGGCUUGGUGCUGCUGGGGCCGUGCUCCGGCCGGCUGGAGGGCAACCGCAGUGUGCGCUGCCUCGGGGACAGCAUCUACCACUACCCCCAGCUUCUGCAGCGCGGCAAGUUCUGCGCGGUGGUGCGCGGGGGGCGGCUGGCACAGCCCGCGCUACACGAGGCGAUGGCCGCUGGCUGCGUGCCCGUCGUCGUGGCAGACAUGCUGGUCAUGCCCUUCCAGGAGGUGAUUGACUGGAAGAGGCCCGUGGUGAUGAGCGUGGUGUGGAGACGGCGACAGUGUGCCCGCAGGGCUGCGCUGUUCGUGCUGGAGGAGAACCUUGGGGCGCUGCUAGACGUCGUGAGGGGCGUGUCCGAGGAGCGCCUGGGCGAGAUGCAGGCGCAGGUGCGCUGGCUCUAUUCCCGCUACUUCUCCUCCGUCAAGGCCGUGACCCUGACGGCGCUGGAGAUACUGGCCGACCGCGUCUUCCCGCGCCUGCACCGCGUCUACGAGCACUGGAACCUGCCGCCCAACCCGAAGGCGGCAGCGUCGCCUCUGUUCCUGCAGCUGACUGCGCCGCGAGCGCAGGGCUUCACGGCUGUGGUGCUGACGUACGACCGUGUGGACAGCCUCUUCACGCUCGUGCAGAAGCUGGUGCGCGCACCUAGCCUCAACAAGGUGCUGGUUGUGUGGAACAACCAGCGCAAGUCUCCGCCGCACCCGUCCAUGUGGCCCAAGAUCAACAAGCCGCUGAAGGUGAUCCAGACCAAGGAGAACAAGCUGUCGAACCGCUUCUACCCGUACGAGGAGAUUGAGACGGAGGCCAUCCUCACCAUCGACGACGACAUCGUGAUGCUCACGGCGGACGAGCUGGAGUUUGGCUAUGAGGUGUGGCGGGAGUUUCCGGACCGCAUCGUGGGGUUCCCAUCACGCACCCACGUGUGGGACAAUGUCACACAGCACUGGAAAUAUGAGUCAGAGUGGACCAAUCAGAUCUCCAUGGUGCUGACGGGCGCUGCCUUCCACCACAAGUACUGGAGCUACCUGUACACCACGGCGAUGCCUGGAAACAUCAAGGAGUGGGUAGACGAGCAUAUGAACUGCGAGGACAUCGCAAUGAACUUCCUGGUAGCCAAUGUGACGCGCAAGGCGCCAAUCAAGGUGACGCCACGCAAGAAGUUCAAGUGCCCUGAGUGCACCAACACGGAGAUGCUGUCUGCCGACCUCAACCACAUGAUGGAGCGGUCACAGUGCAUCGACCGUUUCGCCGCCAUCUACGGCUCGAUGCCGCUGCAGACAGUUGAGUUCCGCGCGGAUCCCGUGCUUUACAAGGACACCUUCCCCGAGAAACUCAAGCGCUUCAAUGACAUCGGCAGCCUUUAGAUGCGCACUCCUACGACCAUCGUGUUGGCAUUGUGCUCCCUCCCUCCAUGGUUAUUGGGGUUGCAACUCGCGCUUGGUCACAUUUGGUUAUCAGCAAGUCGAGUUAUUGUAGACCCUUUCUUUACACUCUUUUUUUUAUCUACACUUUACUGCAUUUUAAAUCUUUUGUUUCUUAUAUCCUUUGUUUAGAAUACUCUCUUGCGGUCGAUUCAGACUGUGACCAUGGAGCCGGCAAGAUUUGCUUCCGUUCAUUCCUAAUGCACCUUGUCAGAUGCAUCCUUUCCCUAGGGGCGUAAAUGUUUAUUGUCUUAUUAUUUUGUAGCUAGAAUUUGCUUUGUCUCACAUGCAUAACUUUAUACGAUUAAGGUUCUGGUCUAACGCUUCAUGGGUGUGGCCAUCGACUGAUUGAUAUGGAGUCUGUAGAAGUGGAGAACAUAUCACGUGAAUUGUGUUGGCAUAUUCCGUGUGGUGCACUAAGUGUGCUUCAUGUGUCGUACGUGUUGGCGCAGAGUUCGCCUCAUGACGAAGGUCACGUCAGUCAGCAUUGCAGAUGCUUGCCAAAGGCAGUGCUUCCUCUACUACUCAUAUCAUCUAACAAAUAUCUUUUUUUUUUAAAAGAAAUGUUUUUCAAAACAUUUGAGCUCUUAAAAAUCAUUGCUGUAUACAUAUUCAUUCUGGAGGGCUCUGGGCAGGCUUAGUGUCCCUACCAUAGCUACGCCACUGGUCAUGAUGAUUUGUUAUAGGUAUUGCUGCAAUGUCUGCAAGUUACCAGUGGAAUGUUUAUGUAUGUUUGAUGGAUUAUAAUUGUUUGUUUUGAUGUUUUGUACAUACAUAAUUUAUUAUGUUUGAAACUUUCUUCUAUUUUUGUGGGUUGUAUAGAUACCCUAUUUAGUUUUUUUUAUUAUUGAUUUAUGUUGUAAUAAUAUUCCAUUAUUGAGUAUUGUAAGUUGUGUAUUGUAUACUUUAAUCAUAAUCCCUACUAUGUUUACGUAGUAGAAAAUAAUGUAGGAUAUAUAUUUUUGUACUCUUCCACAAGUUAUUUUAAUAUUAAUAAAACUAAAAUUUUAUCCACUAAUUCCACAAUGUGUUUUACAGUGCUAGAAUAUGGCAUAUGUCGGUAAAAUAUAAGGUAGAAGAUGGAGGACAUGAACUAAGAGAAAUAAAACAAAGAACAGAGAGAGAAAUGUGAAGGGGCACGAAGAUACUUGUAAAUAUUUAUAAGUAAGGUUAAGCGAGAGCUUAGUGUCUACAGGUUGAUAUGUCCCAGGCAUCAGUGGGUGUCGUGUUUCAGCUCAGCAGCCAGCCUCUUUGCCGCGAGCGUGAUGCCUCAGUCGAUGGAUAUACUGUAGUAAGCCCAUGUCUGGAUUCAAGAGGGUGCUCGCUCACUCUACACACUUCCCUUGGCUCUCUCUCUUUCUCUCUCUCUCUAACUUAGCUCGCCAAACUACAUGUGUAAAGACAGUACAUAUGUGUACAACCAUUUAAUUCAAUCUGGCCAGUGUCAAAACAUCUUUCAGGACUCUUAAAUUCAUUUUCUCCUUGUAUCCUCUUGUCCACUCGUCCCUAUGAAAUCUUAUUGCAGAGUAAGUAUUGAGGCAGGCAUCGAUUAAAAUGGGCUCUUACUGGGGCAUGCAAGUAAUCACUUGUAUGUACCUUGAGACAAUGAGUUCACAAAUAAGAUUCAUUCAGUAAAAAGAUGGGCCUCAUCUACUUUGUUGCCCUACACCUUAGCAGCAAAUAAUAAAACUAUUAAAGUCCACUAAAAGUUUAUCACACAUAGGCCUAUGUGGAUUUUAGUUGUGCAUGCUCUUGACAAUUAAGACUUGACACAUUGGUAGCUGAAGUUACGUCCUAACAGGUUGUGUCACUCUUGGCUGGUUAGGGUGGUAUCGGACUUAUUUAAGUAGUUGCGGUACAUUACAAUCCACGGAGAACAGUAUCGCUCUGAACUGAACUGGCUCACUUGGCUUCAGGUGUCAGGAAAGGGCGUAGAUCAUCAAGCUAUCCACUCCGAUGCGCUGAGUACUGAAAAUUUGAAGAUUUUUCAGUCAGAACCAACUUUACAUUGCAUUAGUGUCUAGUCUAAGUAUUUUAUUUUAUUAGUUACAAUAUUUACUAAUUUCAUUCUUUUGAUUGUAACCAACUAUGUAGAUCUUGUAAUAACCUUAAAGUGUGGUUAUGCAUCAAAAAGUAAGAUGGCUGCCAAAAUGUGGGCGAGUAUGUACAGUGAGUUGAAACGGCAAGACAGCACACACUACAUCGAGAGUGGACGAGAGAGUGCUGUCUCCGUAAAUUGUGACUUUGUCCAAAUCCCUGUUGAGAAAUUACUUAAGGAACUUGAAAAUUUGGACUUCCAAACUACCAAAAAACUUUUCUAACUAGGUACAAUCACAAGUUUUUAUAGAUAAAAGACAAAAUUAUUUUAAUUUUCUUAUUUAACUUAAAAAGGUAUUGUCUGGGAUUUUCUGUAUGUUUUAAAAUACUCAAGAUAUAUGAUGCUAAUCAUUAACUCUUAGGUUCAGUCACAAUGAGGUACUCACAUUGCACCUUUAUUCUUGCCCCAUGAUAAAUGUGUCUCUUACGUUGUUCUGUCCUCAAGAUAUUUUAAUGUGUGGCAGUGUUGCCUAAUGCUGUAAUUAUGUUGGUGGAUUUAUAUCUUUUAUUUUAGAUUCCUGAUUAUUUUUUGGACUGAUUUUGAAUUACAUAUUGUUGCUUCACAGAGCAAUGUGAAUCUGAUAGUAAGAUUUCAAGACCAGUGUUGUUUUUUCUGAUUUCACCAUUUUUUUCUGCUGCAUUUUAAGCCACUCUUCUACAGUCAAUUAAUUAACUUUUUUCAAUCAUAGAUCACAGUCUGAAAUUUAAACUCAUAACAUGUAAUGAUCAUCUAUUCCUAGCGGGUUGAAUGCAGCUUUCUGUAUGGAACAUGUCUUCAUUUACUCCCAGGGUUUUACAGGAAACUAAUUACAGUAGACUCCCGAUUAACUAUGGGCGGGUUAUUCGGCUUGCGGAUUAACCGUGCCAUAUUUCAUUUUUUUAAACUAUAAAAACAAAAAUAAUUUUUGAAAAUUAUUUCCAUUCAUGCACAAUGACAACAGCUCUUCUGUAGCAUUAAAUACAAUGCGAUGCAUUAGUAAUGCAACAAAUUAAUAAUGUGAUGACUCAACAAACAAUAUUUUGCAUUUUCUCAAUAGCUAUUUGCUUCCUUCAUUGCAUAAUUAUUUCUGACGACGCCUAAGUGUUCAGCAAACAUUUAUAUUACUCCAUCCUGCAUGUCAACAGCAGCUCUGGAGAGAAAAGCAGAAGUUUUCUAGUUUACCACUAGGAUGCGCUAGUUGCCAAUGGCAGACUUGCAUUUAGUAAACAAGAGUUGAGAAUUACUUUAAAAGGUUAAAUAAUCUUUAUAAUAAUAGAAAAUGUUAGGUUUAUGCUUUUUAAAUUCUUAUUAGGACUGAAAUAUAUCUCCUAUAUCAGUAACAUUAUUAUUUUGUAACUAAGAAAUGUUGGUAGUGCCUACAAGAGAAAAAAAAAUGUUAUGCCCAAGCCCUAUUAUGUAAACAAUGCAGUACGUGAAUUUGAAAUUUAAUUUUAGGUUUUUUAAUCUCUAUAUGUUAUUCAAAAUUUAUUUAAAUUUAAAUGAAUUAGGGCUUUACUUUGAGGGAUUGGUGUUACAGUGUUUGUCUAGAUAAUAUAUAUAUAUAUAUAUAUUUAACAUUGCGUUAACCAUGUUUUUCGGUUACCUGUGAAUCCCCUUGUCACUCAAUACCCCGGAUAAUCGGAAGUCUACUGUAAUUCUCCGGAGAAAGGGAUACAGUGAAACCUUAUUAGUUAUUAAUAGAAAUCCGGUUAAUACAAAGUGUCUUCACUGUCCCUAGAAAUCAUGUAAGAGUUAAAGUGCUAAGUAAUUUGUUUAGUAACAAAGUAUGGUUAUUAUAUAAUAAAAAUUUGUUUUUGUUCCAAGGGUAUACAAACACAUCUAGUAAAGGAUGGUUAAUUAAAAUAUCUGAGAAUACUGUAAAGAAGUGAAGUUUCAACUAAUAUUAAUAGGUAUCAGUACCAUUACUUUGGUUCAUUUCAGCUUGGAGAAAAAGCUGUGAAAUGUUAUUCUUCCAAAUUUAAUAGUAGUAUGUCUUAAAUCAUUUUAAGUGUGAAACAGGAGAAAAUUUUUUUUGAAACCACGGGUUUAGCCAUCCUAAAAUUGUAAUUUACCAUCCCUCAAAAAAGUAUUUUUGGUGCAGUAUGGUGUACAAUUUUAAAUUUACUUGAAUUUUAUUUAAAAACUUUAUAAUAGUUGUAAUUAAAUUUUGUAAUAGUUAAUACAAACCUCAUUAUUGCCAAGUGACAAAAUAUUGGUACCUUCAGGUUUGCUUAUUGAGGUUUUACUGUAUUUUUAAAAGUAAUUAUCAAAAGUUCCUUGUGAAUAUUCUUUUUUUUCCAUCAAAGUUUAAAUAUAUUCUAGUUUUAUUUAUAAGUUCAUGUUUACUUUUACAAUUUUAAGAAUUUUAACUUAUGUAAUAAAAUAUUUUUUUUCCAAGUUCUUGGAGAAACUUUUUAAGCGUUUUUCACAAGUUUUUCUUGUUGUAAUUACUAUAUUUGACGUGUUAUACUGUCGAAUUUCAGUUGUUUCAUAGUUUACAAUUUCAUCGCUUAAGAAACAACACUGCCUAAGUAACUUUUUUUUUGAAAAAUUUUUUUUCGGUGGAAUUGUAUAUGCAUUUAGCAUGUUACAAUUGGUGUUAUUGAGCACUUUAUACUGAUUAAAUAUGUAAAUCUAAAACAGAAACAUUUUGUGUUGUUAUUAUUAUUAUGUUUGCAGUUUGCUUUUUAUUACAUAGGUGGUGGUGUUUCUUAAGUAAUGAUUAUUGGCUGUACUUGUAUUUUGUAAUCAGUAAAUACUUUGAUAUCAUGUCCAAGGAGGCUGGCUUUGUUUAAACUUAUUCUACAUGUAUGCUUAACUGGUUUGAUGGUGCUUUGCCACUAUUUUGUUCCAUUAACUGUGUAACAUUUUCAAUGUCAGCUUGGGCUGUUUUGUAACGUUACAAAAUACUGUACAAAAGUAUUGCAUUUAAUAGACCAUACGUUUUUAGUAAAUUGGGCAAUAACUAUAAACCUGGAACUUAAUGAGCAUGUUGAUUUUCAGGUCUGUGUUUUGACUUCUAGACAUGUUGUGCGUGACUAAUUCUAUCUUCGUUUAAGGAAGGAGUUUGUAGAGAAAGUGAUAUUUUUUACUUUGCCGUCGUAGAUACUUGAUUACUGUAUUUAAGUUAUGGAUUGCUUUUUGUUUGAUGUACGUAUGAGAUUUUUUACUAGCAUAUAGUAUCAUAAUGUAUGUAUUAACCAUUUUGUUUCUUUCUUUUUUAAAUUUCCAAUUAAUUAAGGUUAUGUCGAUGUGGAUAAACAAUAACACAUUUCAGAGAAAACAGGAAAGGAGUCUGUCAUGACUGUCACUAAAGAACUCAGCAUUUAUCUGUAGUUAUUUGGUGAACCCAUAGAAUAUCAAAAUCUUUUUAGCUGAACCGGAAAUCAAACUUGUGUCAUCUUUGAUGUGAGGUAACUAUCAUUAGUAGGGACAAGAUAACAUGGUGAAUUGCGACAAAACCGAAAUAACACCAAAAUUCAUGUUAAUACCCCAUAUAGCACCGAAUUGUAAGUUAAUAAACCAUAAAACACUGAAAUGCAAGUACUGUCUCAUGGAACUAAGCAACAUUUAUGAUCAAAACUUAACUGAAAUAUAAUUUUAAUAUAUUAAAUUCAAUGAAUGAAUGUUUCUAACAUGAAGUUUUUACAAAAAUGUAUAUACUAAGUAGAUUGGAACAAUUUAUUUUACUCUUUUUACUGUUAUUAGUAUCUGAUUUUUAUAUUAUGACAUUGGUACAUUUUUCAAACUAGUACUUACAGAUUUAUUUUUAUUGUUCCAAGUGCAUCAUCUAUCAGUCUAUGACACUGUUUGAUGAAAUAAGCAUCAUAAAACAGUUGUUUGUUGUAUGUGUUCAAUAAUAUGCUUUCUUUAUGAGUAAACAGAAUUCAUAAAAAAUAUAAACAUUAAUUCUGAUACCUCAUAUUUAAAAAAAAUGAAAUAGGCUUUAAAAAACCAUAAAAUCUUUCAUUUACAUUAGUAAGGGAAGUUUGACAUUCACAUGCAAGUGUUAAAGGCAUAUAUGGUUAAUUUUUAAGAAUUUAAUUUGCCCUUUGUUAAUCCAGGCAUUUUUAAACAAUGAUUCUAAGUCUUCCAGUGUGUGCAAACUUAUAUUUUUUUUUUGUGUAAAAUGCUCAGAGCAUUUAAAAAACUUACAACUGGACUACAGUUAGUCUCUUACUUUCCUAAACAUAUCUAGUGUUAUUUAAAAUCUUUUAUUUUAUAUCAUGCAAGGUUCAGUGCAGAUGUGACAAGUUUAUCUUCAGCCCCAGCAAUUCUUUCAUGGCUAAAUUAAAUUGUAAAAUUGAAAUUUGAAAGUAUGUAUAUGAUAUAUGUAGAUCAAAAUAAUUGUUGGUAUUGGUUUUGAAGUAUUAUUUUAAUUUUUUUUUUUUUGCAAAAGAUAUUUUUACAAAAGUUACUUGUUGAUAGUGGCUUUAAUCUAUUGCUGUUACUCUGGGUUAUUUAUUUAUUCCCUAACUUUUUUUAAUUCGGUGGUUGAAAACUUUCUGUUUUUAUAUACAUUUUAUCAACUUAUUAUUUUUUAUUGAUGUGUAAUAAAAUUUCAUAGUUUUUAUCAGGGUACUGUGAUUACAACUUAAAAAUAAUUGAAUAUGUAUGUUUAGCUGUACAUUUGUGUAUCUGACCUGUAAUCGUGUUAAUGCAGCUUCAUGGUCAGCAGUGUUGCUCUGAGAGAUGUGAGCCUGUACAGCAUUUAGCCUUGUGACUGUUUGGGAGCAUUCUUGCAAUGAAGCGAUUAGGGUCACAUCAGCACGCACUUCGAGUUCACUGUAGCCUGUAUGCGCAAGGCACUGAGCCAGCUGUAACUGCGAGCGAUGCCCUAUCAGGCUUGAGGGCUUGAGACUGAAUUAAAUAGGCACUUGAAUGUGCUGUCAUUCUGACAGUUUGCAGUUGAGGGUGUCCAGUUGAGAACACGAGUGUCUAGUUGAUUGUGACGUGCGUAGUUUUGUUUUCGUGUGUUGGUGAGCGCUGCUUGCCACUCUCGUUGGCCUCCGUCAUUGCCCUCUAAUCACACAGCGUCUGUGGCUGUGGCAGUCUCAUUAGUCAUUCCUGUAUAACAGCGUACCAUGCUACACUUAAACACGACUAUCAAUAAUGUGAUAGAUGAAGUGAUUAUAAUCAGUUAACUAAUUUCACAAUUGUACACCGACUUAGUUUUGCUGCAGUGGCAAGCUGUCUGUCAGGAGUCCGUAGCUUCUCACUGAAUAGCAAUGACUUGUUCAUGCAGAGUAGACAUUGGUAGAUAUUGGUGGCAUAGUUUGACUUAAGUUACUUUUCACUGUAAUGUUACUCUCCCAGCUAUUUUUUUUUUCAUUUUUUUUUUUUUAAACAAUCCUCAGCUUUUGUUAUCUGGUCUUGGUUAGAGGGGUAAUUGUUUAGACUCUGUGAUAGUAUUGUAGAUAUAUUGUGGCCUUGUUAGAACUGCCAUUAGUCACUUAUUGUGCGAUGUGUGGUUGACGGUUGCUGUCUCAUGACAAGUUAGCAUUGUUCUGUCAUGGUCGCAUUGGAGAUUACACUGGGGUAUAGAAUUGUUGUAAUCUGUGCAAGUUUAUGUUUAGAUUGUAGUGUGUUUGUUCGUUGCCUGUAGAUUUUCAUGACGAGCUUAUAAAUGUCAUUUUUAAUGCAAUGUUUUUGAAUUUUCUUUGGUAAGUGCAGUCAUAACUAUUUUUUUUUCCAGAUGCUGCAUUAAUUUACAUUAUUUUUCUACCACCUUUGCAAGGUUGGUAUUUUUAAAUUUAAAAUAUAUCAAUUUUAGUCAUUUGGAUUAAAUCAUAAAGGACAAAAAGUUAACACUGUAUUGUAACCAUUUUUUUACCCUUAAAUUCUUAUUAUUUUUUUGUUGGGUCUAGGUUCUGAGUAUGAAAGUAUACCAGAAGCUAACAGGAAUUGAAUGUUUCAGAGAAGUGAGUAGUUUUGUUUCCUUUAUGUUUUAAAAUUACAUAAAUUAUGAGUUAUUCAUACCGCAGGUAAAGUUAAUUUCCUGACUGUCAGUCUGACUAUUACAUGCAGUGUGUUAACAUUUUUCAGCUUGUUUAUUCAUGCUUUCAGUGUUAUCUGCAAUUUACUAAACCAUUACGAGACAAAAAGUAUGGAACAAUAUGUAAAGUGGUAAUGGUUGUAGUUGUAUCUGAUGGCCGGUAGAGAAUGUUGCCCGUGAAUCGAGGUGCGCUCACAGGUUCUGACACUAGCCUCACGUGACUAGCAUCAGUGUGCGGGUUAGAGAGUGUUGGAGUGAAGCUGCGGCAGCUUUUAGAUUGUGCUCCGUAAAACAAGGUGAAUAGAAAUGGUCCGCUCAAAAAAUCAAUAAAAAAAUUAUCCAAUAAAAUCAUCCUAAAUAAUAUUAGUAAAUUACUUGUAAGGCAUAACAAUUUCAUUUAAAGAAUUUUGUAUAAAAUAAAUCCUUCAAACCGACUGUUUCUGUUCACCAGUUUUACUGUACAUUCUAUGUAUAGUACUUUUUUUUUUACAGAAAUUUUAUUUGCUUGGAAUUUAAUAUGUAUACUUAAAAUGUUGAUUAAUUUUGUAUGUUUUUAAAUUUAACAUCUUAGGUAUUUGUUUUUAUUCACAAAUAGGUGUCAGUUGUUUAUGAUAAUAGUAAAAAUAUUACGAUAUAGAUAUUUCUCUAACUUAGGUGUAACUUAGUUAUCUAAAUAAAUUAUUAUGACAUAAGUAGUAAAAAUUAUUAUGACAUAAGUUGUGAAAGGAAGGAUUCACAGUUAUUUACUGUAGCUGUGUCAAUGUUUAUUGUGUGCUUACCAAGGAAGUUAGUUUUGUUACUGUUUGGCUCUGCUUAUUCCAAUCAUUAACUAAAUUGGUGCUACUUAAGACAUUUAUUUUCUGAAUCAAUUUUUUUUAUUGGUGUGUUUUAUAUUUCUAUUAAAUUUAUUAUUUAUACGUAAAGAAGGGAUCAAGUUUCACUGAUAUUUAUUUAGUGUAAUACAAUGUGUUUGUUUAACACAAGAUGUUAUGUGUUUUUAUUGGAAUUGUCUUUUUAUAUCCCUUUGCAAGCUGAAAUGUUAACUAAGUAAUCAUGCUAAUUUUAUACAGCCUAAACUUUUAAAACCUGUACUAAAAUCAGAAUGUUUUUAUAUGAAGUAGUGAUUCUAAGAAUUUGCAGUAGAGGCAAGAAAUGAAAUCACUGCCAAGAGUAAUUAUGAACAAUUUUUUUUAAAGAAUAAAUGUCUCAUAUCAAAGUGCUUUAUUUGCAAAUGAACUUUCGCUGUGUUUUAAAGUACGUCGUACAUUUGUAUGAAAUGUUAAGUUGAUGUAUGCUAUUGUACUGUUAUUACCAUUCCUGUUAUGAACAAAUUAACAAAGCUUUCAUGUUAUAAUUUAAUAUGGAGCCCAUUAAGCUUGUGUGUUUAAAUUGUUGAUGCUCAAUAGCUGUGUUGCAUGUUUACUGAAUGAAUUUUGUACAUUGUCGGAAAUAAAAAAGAGUUAUUAACUGGGGAA